GAUAAUGAUAUAUCAGCAGACUGCAACCAUUUCCUGUGGAAUUAUAAGAGGAAUUUGACGAUGGAUUACCGUUUUGACAACGCUGCAUCUGAAGUAUGCAGAGAGGACUUGGCAAAGUUAAAAGACUGCAAAGACCUUGUGAGCGGCAAGGGUCAGGUUCUUCCAUGUCUCCUUGACCACCUGGAGGAUAUCGGCAAUGACCAGUGUACCCAGUACCUCAACAGAAUGAAGCAGAUCAUCUUCAGUGACUACAGGCUCAUCUCCGGUUUCUUUGAUACCUGCAAGGGAGACAUUGAAAAGUUUAAGUGUGGUGUUGUCAACGAAGAUGGGACUCCUCCGCAAAAUAAGCCCCCACUGCCUCACUCUCAAGGCGGCACUAUCCAUUGCCUGGAGAAAAACAUCCAGUCACUUGAGGGCACCUGCAAACUGCAGAUCCUUCGCGUUGCUGAGCUCUCCGCCAACGACUACCACGAGGACAGGUCGCUCUAUUUUGCGUGCCGGGAAGAUCGGGAGAGAUUCUGCGCCAAGACUCAUGCAGGGCAGGGCAACAUCUACAAGUGUCUCAAGGAACACAAGUUUAAUCCAGAGAUGAGUACAGAGUGUAAAGAGAAACUUACUACGAGGCAGAAGGUGGUCGCCCAGGAUUACAAGGUGAACUUCAGGCUACAGCGCCGUUGCAGGAAAGAAAUAGAACAAGCUGCCUGUGGUGAACUACCAGCAUCGGCCAGAACUAAGGAGGUGAAGUUGGCUGAAAUCUUGCUUUGCUUGGAAGAAGCUGGCAAAGGAGGAGUCGUAUUCACCGGGGAAUGCCAGGCCGAGCUGACAGACACACGUAAGGAACUCAUGUCCGACUACAUGAUCAACCCAGAGCUUGUGAAGGCGUGUUCCAGCGAGAUCGAGGACCAAUGCAGAGGGUUGAGACGAGAGGGCAAGACCAUCCACUGCCUCAUGGCACUGGCCAAGAAGGGAGAGAUGUCCCCUGCAUGCAAAAAAGGGCUGUCUACACUUGUGGAGGAGGCGGAUGCUGGUUCAGACUACAGGAUAGACCCUGCUCUUCAUACAGCUUGUAAGGAAUCCAAGGAUGCACUCUGCCCCAAGAAGUCAGAUGCUGAAACAUUGUCUUGUUUGAUGGAAAAUAUUGAAGAUAAUCAGAUGAAGGAUGUCUGUGCAGAGAAGCUUCUUGAAAUUCAAUAUUUCAUCUCCAGAAAUUUCAGGCUUGACCCUGUCCUGUUUAAAAACUGUGAAUCUGAUGCAAAUAUAUACUGCUACGAGGAGAAGUGGGAUGGAAAAGAAGGAACUCCCAGUGGACUUGUAUUUUCUUGUCUUCAUCGUCACCUUCAUGACCACCAGACCCCGCUGCAAUCGCGUUGUGCCGACCAAGUCCACCGUGUUCUGCGCCAGAGGGCCGUGAGCGUUCAUCUCAACCCAAGAAUAGAAGAAAACUGCAGGGCUGAUCUAGGCAAGCUAUGUAAUGAAAAAACCAAGAGGGGAGAGGAGUUACGGUGUCUCCAAGACAAUCUGGGUGAACUAGUAGAGAAGUGCAAGCAAGCCGUUGGUAACUUCACUGUUGAGGAAGCUGAAGAUGUCCAGAUGAACAGGAAGCUCAUUGCUGCAUGUGCUCCUAUGCUGAGGAAAUUCUGUCAGGAUAAGUUGAAAGCUAAGAGAGUUGAUGAAGGAGAAGCUUUGAAAUGUCUGAUAGAACACAAGAAUGAUGACGAGAUGGAAGCUAAAUGCCAAGCAAGCAUUGAACAUUUUCAACUUGUUCAGUUGAAAGACUACCAAUUUACCUUCAAAUUCAAGGAGAGCUGUCGCAAAGAUGUACUCAAACUAUGUAAAGGAAGCCGAGAUAAACCUUCCAUCAUCAAUUGCCUUAGUUCAGCCGUGCGGGACAGUGUCUUAAAGCAAAUGGAACCACCAGUAGAUCCAGAGUGUCGCUCGCAACUCAAGUUUGAACUCCUCCAGAGGGAUGAAAAUAUCAAGUUGGAUCCUGAGCUAAAGAAAGCAUGCAAGAGUGAAGUCCGAGAUCUUUGUUCCAAGGUGACCCAGGGAAAUGCCAGGAUGAUGGAGUGUCUGCGGUCCCACCAGGAACAACUGGGCAACGACUGCCAUGUCAAGGUCUUCAACAGGGAGAAAGAAAUGGCAGCCAAACCCGACAUCGAUUACGCUCUCAUGCACUCGUGCAAGAAAACCAUCAAGUUAAAGUGUAAAGAUGUUGACCCUGAUAAAUUGAUUGACUGCCUUAAAGGGCACAAGGAUGAUCCUGAUACAGAACCAAGAUGUAGGAUGGUCCUAAACAAACGCCAGAUGGAGCGCAACUCCAACAUCCAGCUGAAUCCACAGCUGCGUAAGGCAUGCAAGUUGGAUAUCCCCAAGUUCUGCAGGGAUAUCAACGAAGAAGUGAACAAGGACCCUACCAACAUGGAAGGAAAGGUCAUCGAAUGCCUCAGGGGAGAGUUCUCCAAGAGACAAGCUAAAUUGAGUCCAGCCUGUGAGCAGCAUAUAAGUGGACUUCUGAAAGAAGGCGCAGAUGACUACCGACUGGACCGUAACCUGGUCAAGUACUGCUCCACUACUAUCAAAGAGAAGUGUUCAGAGGAGAUGGAUAACCCAGGCACUGGUAGGGUGGAGGAGUGCCUCAAAACUCACCUUGGUGAGAUCAAGGAUGGAAAGUGUCAACAGCAAGUGGUAGGUCUAUUCCGUGAGGGUUUAGCUGAUAUCCAUGUUGAUCCUCUACUUUAUAAGGCCUGUGCCUUAGACAUCAAGCAUUACUGUUCAGGAAUUCCGCAAGGACAGGGACAACAAAUGUCGUGUCUGCUAGAAGCUUUAGAUGAAAAAGCAGUAAGAUUACAACCUGACUGCAAGAGGAUGCUAAGUGAAAGAAAAGAAAUGUGGGAAUAUGCUGCACAGGUGGCACCCGCUUUAAAUUUCUUCGACCUUUACAAUCAGAUACGAAACUCGCCAUCCCAUAAUUACUUUGUGAUGGUUUUCCUCUCCUUCGUGGGGGUUCUCUUUUUCUUCGGCCUGUGCUGCGGACGCGUCACGAAGCGGGUUAGACAGGAAGUAAAAAACAAAUAAUGAUGGGCCCCAUUCAGCCUCCGCGCAACCAGCUAGGCUGGAAUUCCAGAUUCGGAACUGUUUUGUGUGGAGUACACGUGAACGUACAAGAUCAUCUUUUUUUUUCCAGAGAGUAUAUGUCUGUCGUUCACUCUCAGUUUUCCAUCUUUAUUCUGUCUCUCUCUCUUUCUCUCUCUCUCAGGACAAGCCGAUUGGCUGACACCCCACAAAAAAAAUGUUGCCAUAAGAUUUGCUGCAGACCAUCUGUGGUAUAAAACCUCUGUCCUAUCUGCAUCUCUCAUUUUGUGUUUUUUUAUUAUUUCUCAUUCUGUCCUCGUUUCUCGCAAAGUUAUUCUUCUCUGUAAUAUUAGAAGACGAGCUUCAUUAUUCUUUGUUAAAUUCAUUUCUGGGGCCUGUUUCAUAAAACUUGUUAUAUUAACAAAUUUGCAAUAACAACUUAAAGCUACUGAAAUCUUUCAAUUUUAACUGGCUGAUAGUAAACUUGUUAAAGAAAUUGUGCAUAACAAGUCUCUAUGAAAUGGAUCCCUGAAGUAAGUGCAUCAUCCCAUACUCUGUAUGGCUCUGCACAUGCUGGUGUAUGAUACUUCCCUCAACAAUAUAUAAUUGUAACUAUGGGUUAGGAUAUCAAUCAAUAUGAUUUGUUAAUGAUCAUUUUAGACAUGUUAAUCAGACAUGUUUUGCUUUUCUAUUGUAUUAUUAGUUUAUAUUAGGGGGGUGAGGGGAAAACCUUUUAAACAGUGUUAAAUGAGAUUAUUUUGGUGUCUGCAAAGAUGAAGCUGUCUUCGAAUUUCAGAGGAUACAUAUAACUUCUUAAAGAUUUUUUUUUCAACUAAGGAUUUCUUGGUGUUCUCUUCAUAUUUAUUUGUAAAAUUAAUCAUUUACAUUUAAAAGUUGAAAUGACAGCUGUGAAAUACACAGAGGGAAAAAAAUUCUUCAAAAAGACUCAAUUUGACCUUUGUUUUCAUGGCUUUCAUUAUGAAAAAAUAAUGACUAUUGGAGAUUAAUUACUUAAAGAUCACUUUAUUUCCAAGUUGAAGCAAGAUAAUUAUUUGUAUCUCUGUAUUAAGAGAGAGGCAAUGAUUGUUUCUUUCUGAAUUAGAACAUCAAAGAAGUUAUUCCAAAUCGUAUUCUAACUUCUGACCUACAUGGUCAGCCAUUGGAGGUGGUUAUUUUUGACGAGUACAUUUGACCAUUUGACAUUUUAUACUGGUGAGAGGGCUCAGAAAGAACAUUGCUUUGUCCUCAUUCUGCAUCUUGCAGAUGCUUCUUUUUCCCCUCAUUUUAAAAAUUAGGGUUAUUGUUUUGUUAUUUAUAUUUACAAAAAAGACUAUCCCUUACAUUCAGCAAAUCAACAUUAUUAUUAUCUAUAUCUGGUAAGACAUGGUGUAAAUAUUUCUUCUAUAGGACCUAAAUUUGUACAGAAUUAUAUUCCCUGCACCUUCUAUUGUCGUGUGUAGUGGAUAGCUGAAUUAAAAAAAAGGGGGGGGGCAACAAGUGUAUCCAGGAAAGAAUCAUAGCCAUUUUGUAGAUUAAUGGUAGAUAGUUUUUUUAUACAAAAAAAAUCAGUAAAAAUGGAGAGCUUGUUUGAUCGUUGUCGAAAUAUAUUUUUAAGGAUGUGUCGUAAAGUGGUGUAGGUGUCACGUUUUACUUAUUUUACAUAUUUUGAAUAGUUUUGAAUAGGCUUGAGUUUGGUUUUACGUUCAUGUACUGAAGCUGUGUAUGCUUCAUGUUUCAUACUGUUUAAGUCUUGUAACGUAUACUUUGAUGUGUUCAGAUAAGAGAACCAGAUGUGUAUAUCUUGUGCCAAUAUUUCAAUAUCUGUUAGGAAGGAAAUUUCAUUGUCACAAAUAUGUCUAUGUAUGAUAUACAUACAUAUUAAGUACUUAACCAUUUGUAACUUUCUUGUGGACUGAAGAAUGUAUCAUGAUAUAUGUUGAUUGGUCUCUUUCUCGGAAAGUGCUAACAUUUUUAUGACUCUAAUGACAAGCCAAUAUAGAGGAAGACAGAAGGCCGUGACUCAAAGACAGUGAUUUAAGCGAUGCUUAAUGAUUUUCUUGUCUUGUUGAAAAUUCAGCCGAUUGAUUGAUUCUAUUUCCUAGAACAAAAAAGUUUGCUAUUAAGCCAUGAAAAGAAGCUAAACAAGAUGCUUUCAUUUUGAGUAAUGAAGAGAUUUGCAUGGUAGAAAAUGACUGAACAUCACUUUUCUCUAAAUUACUGUUUUUGAGUUGAGGCUUUCUGUCAAUACUCGCUAUCAUGUCAGCAUCUAUGUACUGUACAGAAUAUUGGUAAUGACUUAACGAAAAAAGUGCAAUGCUACAAGUAUCUCUUUUAAGCGAUACAAUGAACUUUGCACUUUUCACAAGAUUUAACAUGUGGCAUUGUAGAAAAUUGCAAUUAAUUGCAAGUAAAAUACAAUCAAUCAUAAAUCUCUUUGAAUUGAUUGCUAGUCUGCAUCAGUCAACAGGAAUGGAUUAAUUUUCUGUUUGAGUUGAUCAGUCAUAAUAUUUUUUUGAGUUGAUAAUUGCAAAUGUUGCUUGCAGCACCCUUUUGUCUUUAUGAAAUUAUAAAGCACACUCCAGAGAACACUCUCAUACUCAAAUACACUCCCCCCACACACACACAUUUAGACUAGGCAUUUCUUAUGGGAGCAUAAAUAUCAUGUAUGAUUAUUUAUAAACAUACACUAUAAUUCAUUGAAAAUUGAAUGUAAUGUCACCUUGUAUUAUAUACAUGUUGUUGUCUAUAUGAUUAUAAUAUUAAUCAUUCUCUUCAUUAAGGAAAUUCUUCACUGUCAUGUAAAAGUGCUGUAUAGCCAAGGAAAAUGUAAGAAUUUAAGUUGUUCAAUUGUAUGUAUGAGCCGUAGUCAUCAACGCAUUUUAUUCAAAGUAAAUUUCCUUUCUAGAUUAUUAAUUUCAUUUUCAGUCCAUACUCUUUAAAUGUAGAAACUGUAUAGUAUUGUAUUUAAUCACGACUGAGCCUAAAAAUGCCAUUUCUCAAAACAUCACACUGGAUUUUUUUUUCUGGAAAACGGUUGUGUGUAAUUGAAAGUGACAUAUAUUCAAAGUUGGUCUUAAUACAUUCAGAAAUAUUUUGAAUUUACAUGAUUUGUAAAUUAGAGAAUUGUGUUGAAAGAAGUGUAUUUGUGUUAUGAUAUGUAAUGUUACUUGUAGAAAAAAUGCUAUACCUUACAAAAUAUAUUUUUGAUAUAUUUUCUGAUUUUCUCUGGCUUCUGAAACAUAUUUAAUCUCUGUAAUCUCUAUUUUAUUCGCUUUGUAUUAUUAUUAUGAAGUUUCUUUUGCUGUAUAGGUGUUUUUCUGUGAUUGAUAUUUUUACAGAUUGACAAUUCACUACAUAAUAACCACAAUUUCUUUGAGCAGAUUACCAGCAAAGGUUCCACCUUGUUCAACACAAGAGGUUUUUGAAUUGUAGUCUCCUUCUAAAAACAUUUUUUUUUUAAACAUUUUUACCACAGCAAAUGAUAUUUCUGAUUGAAGUAUUAUUACAAUGUAUUUUAAUAUCAUAACGUAUAAAUGUAUAUUUUUUUCCUUUCUGCUUUUAGAAAAAGUAAUUGAAUAAUGAAUGGAGAGCAAGUAGCUUAUUUUUGUUUGUGAAAUAACAAAAGAGAGAAAUAAGGCAAUUAUUGAUUAUACUCAGACACAAAUUAGAAAGAAAUUUGAAGCAUUGGCAUUCCUUUAUAACACUAAGAUAAAGAAAAAUAAAAAGAGAGUGUUGAGUGAAAAUUGUUUGUUUCGGCUGACUUCAAUGGAAUAGUUUUGCAUGUUUUUAUCAAUUUGUUUGUAUGGCAUAUUUUUUGGUUACAAUUGUAAUGAAUUUAUAUUAAAAUAGAAAUCAAUGAUUUUAUAUCACCUGUUUUAAGAUUUGUUUUAUAUUUGUUUUAUAUUUCCCCCACCUUCUCUGUGUGUAAUAGGAAAAUAUUGAUACACAGAAUUGUUCAGUGACUGUCUGAGACAAACAUUUAACCAAUAUGAGUUUCGAAUCUUUCAACAUUAUUCAAAUUUACAAUGUUUGGACCGUUAUUCUCGAAAGAGGUUUCAAUUGUACCAUGGUACUAAACCAUGAAGUAUCCAUUUCUUUUUGUGUGUUUAUUUUUUACAUAAUCACUCUUAAUUAAAAAAAUAUAAAAAUAUCCAAUCAAAUGCAUGCUUUUGGCAAAGGGUGCUAAACAAGGAACCAUAAUAAUACAAGAAAUCUGCAUAAACCAUGGUUAUGUAUCAUGGUACUAUUGAAACCUCCUGAGAAUAUGGGCCUUUAGUCAAAUUAAUAUAUGAUUAGGAAUAUGUAUAAUCAUGUUUCUCCUAUUAUACAGAUGAAGAUUUAAUAUCUCUAUAUAUAUAUUGAAUUCCUCAAAAUAAUUUAACCUUUUUUCAAAACAGAUGAUAUAUAAAAAAAAAAGGCCUCUGCUCUGGUGAAUUGAAGUAUGAGUAUAUUAUUGAUAAGAACUUGAAACACUUCUUUAGCUCACCUUGUGCGCAAUAGUUUGGAUAUGAUUUUGAUUCUUUUCGAAGAAUAAAUAUAUAUCGCCCUUUCACAGUAUGCAUAAUGAAAUGAUACAAUGAAUUGUUGGUCAGAUAUUUAGUUAUUAUCUUUUCUUGCUUUUGUAGUUAGUUGUGUUCAUGUCACUGCACUGUUUGCUAGCCUGUAUUCUAAUGAAACUUAAAUCCUAUAGAAAAAUCAAAGGGUGCUACCCAAAUAAAGGUCUAUUUUUGCCACUCUUUGUGUAUGGGAUUUAGCUGAAUAAGCAGAAUACGAAUCUUUGAUUGUAUUUAAUUUUUGUCUUGAUUUUGAUUUUCUGUAGAUGGUGUGAGUUUUACUAUGCAUCUUUUGAUUGUCUGUCAAUUGUAUAAUUCCAGAAUGAUAUCUAUGUACAAUGUAAUAAAUGAUUUUCCUAUUUCCAAAAGUAA